AUGGAGUCGUCGUCGGUUGAACUUGCAUUAGCUGCGCUCUUUGGAGCCUCGGUUAUGGCAAUCUCCGCUUUCUACAUUCACAAGCGCAGCGUCGAUCAAGUCCUCGACCGCCUCAUUAAGCUCCGCCGCAAACCACCCCCGAAACACCAACAGCUUGUUGUCUCUGACGCCGACGUGGGCGCCGUCGAUUGUGAUGAAGCCGAGUUCUAUGAAUACGAAAUUGGUUGGCGGAGUGAAAACUUUUUGAAAUCAUCUGGGGAUAUUAAUGUUCAUGAUGGUGGUUUGGAUGAAGAUGGCGAGGAGGAUGUGGGGUUUGAACGCUACAGAGUUUCCUCGUCCAUGCCGAAUGUCAGGAUAUUGUCCAAUGAAUGGGCUGAUAACCAGGAUAAACGGGGCUUCUCAAAUGAAUUGGACCGUAAUCUCGAUUUUAUUUCAUCAAAUUUGCCUCCCCUUCGGACUCAACAAACAGAUGGAAAUGAUCGAUAUGCUGACAACAGCCUUCAGUUGAGGGUAGGAUCAGUUGGUCAUAUUGUUACUCCAACUUCCUCUCGUGGUUAUGCUGUAGAAAGUGCAGGAGAUUCUGAUGAGGAAGGAACCGAACUUGCAACUAAUGAUGGCACUUUUUUCCCCUACAACAAGGAUGCAGCCGUUAGCAUCCCUAAUCUGCACAUAGCAACCGAAAGGGGAAACCAAAUCCAAUCUCAGCAGAGCACAGCAAUCCCAUAUGAAGGAAAGGCUAAGGCAGACGAAGAAAAUGGAAAGGUUGAUACGACUACAUUGCAUUAUAGAAGCACUGAUCUGAUUGUCGCCAGCAAUCAUAUAUCUGGAAGCACUAGAGUGCAUGAGUCUAUGAAUGUUGAAGAUGAAGAGGUGAUGAAGAUGAUUCGUGAAUGUUUAGAUCUGAGGGAGAAGUAUGUUUUCAGGGAAAAAAUUGCUCCAUGGAUGAAAGGAGCUGACCACGAACAUGUAAAAUCUGAUGUAAAACAAAACCCACUCGAGUUUGUUCCUGUCGAAGCAACUGCACACCACUGUAGAAUGGAAGAUGGAGUUGUUCAUGUAUAUGCCAGUGAAACUGAUACUGAAGAUCUUUUCCCUGUUGCAAGUUCGACGGCGUUUUUUACUGACAUGCACCACAUCUUGAAAGUCCUAUCUGUUGGAAAUGUUCGGUCUACGUGCCAUCAUCGACUGCGAUUCCUUGAGGAGAAAUUCCGCCUUCAUGUAUUAGUAAAUGCAGAUAGGGAGUUCCUAGCACAAAAAAGUGCACCUCAUCGAGAUCUAUAUAAUAUCAGGAAAGUGGAUACGCAUGUACAUCAUUCUGCUUGCAUGAACCAGAAGCAUCUUCUCCGAUUCAUAAAGUCAAAGUUGAGAAAAGAACCUGACGAGGUUGUCAUAUUUCGCGAUGGACAAUAUUUAACCUUAAAAGAAGUCUUUGAGAGUUUGGACUUGACAGGAUAUGAUCUUAAUGUUGACCUGUUGGACGUGCAUGCUGAUAAGAGCACCUUUCAUCGCUUUGACAAAUUCAAUCUCAAGUAUAAUCCUUGUGGGCAGAGCAGACUCAGGGAAAUCUUCCUAAAGCAGGACAAUCUGAUUCAAGGUCGUUUCUUAGCUGAAGUGACGAAGGAGGUCUUAUCUGAUCUCGAAGCUAGUAAAUACCAGCUAGCUGAGUACAGAAUUUCAAUUUAUGGGCGAAAACAAAGUGAAUGGGAUCAGCUUGCAAGUUGGUUUGUCAAUAAUGGAAUUUACAGUGACAAUGCUGUUUGGUUGAUCCAGCUUCCACGAUUAUACAACGUGUACAAAAGUAUGGGAACUGUUACAUCCUUCCAGACCAUAUUGGAUAAUGUCUUCAUUCCCCUUUUUGAAGUGACCGUUGAUCCACGUUCACAUCCUCACUUACAUAUAUUCCUGAUGCAGGUGGUAGGAUUCGACAUUGUGGAUGAUGAGAGUAAACCUGAAAGGCGUCCCACCAAACACAUGCCCACGCCAGCUGAAUGGACUAAUGAUUUUAAUCCUGCUUUCUCGUAUUAUGCUUAUUACUGCUAUGCUAACUUGUAUACUCUCAAUAAGCUCCGUGAAUCAAAGGGAUUGCCUACUAUAAGGUUCCGACCUCACUGUGGAGAGGCAGGUGAUAUCGACCAUUUAGCUGCUGGGUUUCUCUUAUGCCACAAUAUUUCUCAUGGGAUCAAUUUGAGGAAAUCGCCCGUCUUGCAGUAUCUAUACUACCUAGCUCAGAUUGGUUUGGCUAUGUCUCCACUCAGCAACAAUUCACUCUUUCUCGAUUACCAUCGGAACCCAUUCCCCAUGUUCUUCCAGCGAGGUUUGAAUGUUUCACUGUCCACGGAUGAUCCUCUGCAAAUCCAUUUGACAAAGGAACCGCUUGUGGAAGAAUACAGUGUUGCAGCAAAGGUGUGGAAGCUCAGUUCAUGUGAUCUUUGUGAGAUAGCUAGAAAUUCUGUCUAUCAAUCCGGAUUCUCGCAUAAUGCUAAGUCGCAUUGGCUCGGAAGUGGGUAUUACAGGAGAGGCCCUCCUGCAAACGACAUUCACAAGACCAACGUACCAAAUACAAGGAUUUCCUUUAGACAUGAGACAUGGGAGGAGGAGAUGCAGUAUGUCUAUGCCGGAAAUGCCAAGAUUCCCAGAGAAAUUGAUCACUGA